CAUCCUUCAUCAUUUGCUUCACAACCUGGCCAUCUUGUACUUGUUGCUAUGUUUCCUAUUUAGGUUUCUCUUAAUCAUUCAUCUGUUAGAGGGAUAUCUCUUCUUAACUUGAAAUAGACUACACUUUUGGUUUUUUACUCCACUUACCUCAUGAAAAUGCUACUUGACAAAAUGAAGCCUCCACGAUCGAAACUACCUCUCUCCAUUGUCGCUGUUGUGGUCUGUGCCUUCACAUUCAUCGGUGCCCUUUACAUUGAAGAUGCUGGAUAUCUGAAUUUCAAGGCAAAAUCUUGUUCUAAACAAGAACCCACACCCCAUUCUCAUGAGUCAAAACGUGUGGAACAGAAUGUCAGCUCAUCUGUGGAAGAUGAUCUUCUUGAAGAUGUCGAUGGAGAUGGCAAGGAGGGGUUUGAUCCAGACAGUUGCAGGGUUUACAGGGGAAAGUGGGUGUUCAAUGCUUCAGUAGAGCCUUUAUACUCUGAUACAAGUUGCCCAUAUCUGGAUAGGCAAGUUUCUUGUGUGAAGAAUGGAAGGCCAGACUCCGACUACCGUUACUGGGAAUGGCAGCCUGAUAACUGCAUUUUGCCAAGAUUUGAUCCCAUUGGUGCUCUUGAGAAACUCAGAGGGAAGAGAUUGAUGUUUGUUGGGGAUUCAUUACAAAGAGGUCAGUGGGAAUCCUUAAUUUGCAUGGUCGAGUCUAGCAUACCAGCAGACCAGAAGUCGAUGCGACGAGGUCGGUCUCACUCUGUUUUCAAAGCUAAGGAAUACAAUGCAUCCAUCGAGUUCUACUGGGCUCCCUUCCUCGUCGAAUCCAAUUCUGAUCUCCAUAUCAAACCAGAUCCCAAUGACAGAAUUCUGAGAGUCGACUCGGUGUUUAAGCAUGCCAAAUACUGGGUAGGAGUGGACAUCCUUGUGUUUAACUCUUACGUUUGGUGGAUGAGUGGUCUAAAGAUCAAGUCACUAUGGGGUUCCUUUGCAAAUGGGGAAGAUGGAUACGAGGAGCUGGAUGCACCCGUUGCUUAUAGGAUUGCCUUGAAGACAUGGGCAAAUUGGGUUGAUUCUACCAUUGAUCCGAACAAGACCCGGCUCUUCUUCACCACUCUGUCCCCCACACACAUGAGGAGUGUUGAUUGGCACAAUAAGAAGGGAAUUCGAUGCUACAACGAAACUCAACCCGUGAUGGAGAAGAAUUUCUGGGGAACUGGUUCUGAUCGACGGAUAAUGGAUGUGGUGACCAGUGUAGCAGAGAGAAUGAAGGUUCCCGUAUCAUUCAUCAACAUAACACAAAUCUCAAAUUACCGAAAAGAUGGACAUGCAUCAGUUUACACAGAAACCCAAGGAGAAGUAUUAACAGAUGAGCAAAAGGCAGACCCAUUACGCUAUGCAGAUUGCAUACAUUGGUGUUUGCCAGGAGUGCCAGAUACAUGGAACAGAGUGUUUUAUGCAUACUUGUAACCAAGAAAGAUGAACUCAAAAACUAUUUGUUAUUUCAAUUACAACAUAUCAACUACAUAGAUUCUUUUUGUAAUA